AACCUAAAACAUCAUCCAUCGUAUAUAGACUCCGGAUCACGCACGUUUUCUUUAACACUCCGAUGUUCAUGUCUCUCUUAGACUUCUUUUUUGGUUGCUUCAUUCCAAAAUCUGGCUCAAAGAGAACCUCAACCGAUGGUAGUAGUAACCCUAAAGUAUUGUCCUUGGAGAAACCAAAAAGCAACUCCAAAUGUCCGAGGGCUCCAAUCAUAGUGGCUCAUUUUCCCGUACGUUCGAAUCUUUCGCUACUGUAAGAGAAGACCAGAAGAUGAAGUGUGUGAGAUGUUGAAAUAUUUGUUGUGCAAGUCUUUCCUUCUUUUUUGUUUCUCUAAUGCUCUUGUUUGUUUGAUAAUAUAUAAAUUGCA